AUAGAAAAAACAUUUAAUGUUCUGCCUAACAAUCGACUCUAUUUAUUAACUGGGUAUAAUAUUUUCGGAUCUACAGAUAUUUCUUUUGAAGACAAUAGUAAGCAUGUCAUUGCUUGGCAAGCACCUAAAGGAAUGAAACAAGUUAAUAUUACCAUGGUUGAUAAUGCCAACCCAUCUAACCAAGCGUAUAUUGGCACUUACGACGCCAACCGUGGAGCAACAGAAGAAGUAACUUUAUCACUUAAAAAUCAGGACGCUGGUGAAUUCCAUUUUCAUCUUGCUGGUCUUGGUGACAGUAGUUUUUGUGAAGCUGAUUCAUCCACAUUUCAAAUUAAUAAACGUCAACUACAGGCGGAAACUGAAGCGUCAUCUUCUGGUUCGGCUUUAAAUGAUGAAGAAGUCAACCAUAUACUUGAGAAUAUCCAAGCUAAUAGCUCAGCCAGCGAUAGCAGCAAUCCUCAUAAUGAUGAUACAACGUGGAAUGAUGCUCUAGAUAAUGUAGCCUCUUUCACUCGGGAUUCAUCCGGAAAACAACAGCAUCAAAAUGAUGCCACUACUUCAACUUCUACUCCCACAGACAAAGGCGCCAAUCCGUAUUUCACCAAUGAAGAUCGUACAAGCCAACAUAGCAAUAAAGUUGAAAAAACAUGGCAUUCGGAUGACGCUAGUAGUCUUUAUUUUACUAAUGAAGACCGUACAACAAAGCAUAAAAAUGCUGCUGUUGAAAACACGUGGCAUUCUGAUGAUGCUGCUUCAUCUCUUCCCAACGACAAAAGUACAAAAACUUGGCAUUCUAACGAUGCCGAUAAUUACUUUACCAAUGAAUACCAAACUUCCAAUGCCUCUCAGACGCACCAAAAUGAUACUGAAUGGAUUGCUGAAGAAAGCAAUGAUGAGCCCCAACAACAUAUGAAUGGCUGGACUUCUGAAGACCAUCUUCUUGAAGCUGAUGACCAUUUAAAUAACGAUGAAUGGAACUCGUCUCAUAUUAACGACUCUGAGUGGCAAUCUGAAGACGACGACACGCACACCAACGGCUGGACCUCUGAUGAAAUUGAUGUCGAACCCAUACAUGCCAACUAUCAUCAGAAUGAUUCAGAAUGGGUCUCGGAAGAAGUUGAUGAAGAAUUCAAGCUUUCUCAUGCCAAUUUUGCUGAAUGGACCGGUGACGGAGAAGAAGCCAGCUCAGCUGCUCAGCAUAGCAAUGGUGCUGAGUGGGAGUCAAACGAUAUCGAUGUUAUUAGUGCUGAAAAUAACAACUACCAUCGUAAUGACUCUGAAUGGGAAUCUGAAGAGGCAGAACUUACUGCUGAAGAACACCAGAACUAUCACAUCAAUGAUGUUGAAUGGAUUUCUGAAAACAGUAAUAAUAGUCAUACGAAUGCCGCUGGUUGGACAUCUGAUGAUACAGAGGUUACAGCUGAAGAACAUCACAAUUACCAUCUCAAUGACGUCGAAUGGGUUUCUGAAGAAAGCGAUAACGAACACACCGAUGCCACUGGUUGGGAAAGUAAGGAUACUGACCUUGCCGCAGAAGUCCACCCUAACUACCAUAUUAACAAGGCCGAAUGGCUCUCUGAAGAUGCUGUUUCUACUGAUGCUGUUGCCGCAAACCACAACAAUUAUCAUAGCAAUGAUACCGAGUGGGAAACAGAAGCUGACAAUGUUGAUCAUGCUUUACAUGAUAAUGCCACUGAAUGGAAUUCAGAAGAUACACCUUUGUCUAAGGAGGAUCAUGCCAACUAUCACCAAAAUACUGUGGAAUGGGUCUCUGAGGAUAACAACAAUAACCAACACAGCAACGCUGCUUCUAUUACCAUAGAGAAUGGGUGGACUACCGAAGAAAAAUCUCAUCCGAACUAUCACAUUAACAAGGCGGAGUGGUUUUCAAACGAAGACAACAACAGCAUUCAUAACAAUGCUGCCGAAUGGGAGUCCGAAGAUGUUGAGCAUUCUGCGGAAGAGCACUCCACUUAUCAUCACAAUGAUGUUGAAUGGACAUCUGAAGACAGUAAAAAUACCCCUCAUAUUAACUUGGCCAACUGGGUCACUACAUCACCGUCGACUCAAGAACAACAUAGCAAUGCCGCGGCUGAUUGGGCACUUGAAGAAAUUGAGCUUCUGAAUAGUGAUCAUACCAACUCGAAUGGAUGGGUGUCCAACCCUCUGCACUCUAAUGCAGAUACUGUUUCCAACAUUCGAGAAUGGUCUACAAACGAUCAUCCCAACUAUAUUCCCGAUGAAGUGAAUCUACUCCAGAGUGACCACACAAAUAGUGCUUGGACAUCUAGUCAUUCUGAAAAUACCCAACACAACAAUGCUGCUGCUACCACUCAACAAUGGCAAGAUGAAUCUAACCAGGACACUUCCUCAAGUACUGCUACUACUGCUCCUUAUAGUAGCCAUAAGAAUGACUGGGUGUCAUGGUAAUAACCGUAUGGUUAAUUUUUCAUCAUUGAAUUCAGCGAAUUUCUCUAUUUAACUCCCUGGGAACUUAGAGGAACCCUUUUAACAAUGUAGAUCUCUUUUUCUCCAUAUCUGUAUCAUGUUCCUUUUCUUUAAAGAUUGUUCUUGUGUAUUUUGUAACUUUAUUAGGAUUAAAUAAAAUAAAAAAAACCACCUACUUACGAACAUGAGUUGUAUAACCUGAAAAG